GCUGUUUCUCCGUUCGUCUCCAGUUCUUGUAAAUGAGCCGUUCAGCACCAAGCUCACUAAUUAGCCACGGUUCUUGUAAAUGAGCCAUUCAGCACCACCGUUCAAGCUCGAUCUCCGGUGGAAUUUAGGCUUCAUUCACAGCGGGAUGAUGGAGAAUCGAAAACUGAGUCAUCAGCUGUAUCAAAGGUGGAGGCUUUUGUUCAUCCCUUAACCUGGGCAUUUGCUUUUCAACUUUUCUUUCCUCCCUUUCCCUGAUAAGUUGCCAAGGGAAUUCUUGUUAUGGCUCUAGUUCCCAACCCCUCCCUUCCUUCUUUGCUAAUGCAAUGUACAAAGCUUUGAUGAUUGAAGAUUCGUAAGAGUAUCAACAACUGUUUCUAAUCUUUGCAAAUUUGUCUCCUUUUCUGGUACUAACUAUAUGGAUUCAUACAUUGUGUUUUGUUUUUGGCAUGCCUGUUGCAAUUGGCAGAAACAACUCUAUUGUGCUUACAGUCUGGUCAAUCAAUGGCCUGGCAUUACAUACUGAACUAAAAUAUUGGUUGUGCUACCACAUUAUUAUAUCAUUUUAUGAUACUCUUAGUUAUAACUUAUAAGUGGUAAUUUUAUUUAUAUUUACUUGGUCUCCUGUGGGAUGUGUUUCUGACAGAAACAUAUGUUGGGUGGUACUUAUUCAUUGUAAACCUCCGAGCACCCAGAAAGUUGUGUAUAUCUCAUAACCUCCAAUGUUUUAGCCUCAGGAACCUGUGAUAGCUCCCAGUCACCUGGAAAAGCUGGAUUCUCAUGAUUCUGCUUCUGGCAAUCUUGGACUAGCUGUAACUCCUGUUUAAACCUGCUGCACCCAACAAUAAACCCAAAGAGGAAAUACCUAGAUCCUCAACUACAAGGACUAAUGGUGGAUGAUUCAGCUGUGCGUGCUAAAACGCCCGUCUCAGAUGUCUCGACCUCAAGGAAGAAGAAGAAGUUCAAACUAGACACAGUUAUGGCCAAUUGCCUUAUUUGGAGUGCUGAUUUUCCUGAUAAGGGAAGUAAUCAAGGGCACGGUACCAUUACAGACGUCAAGAAAGCUAAGGGUGUACCGGAAGAACUCCCUAUUGCCUUAGGGUUGGGGGCCAUUGAUAACAAGUGUUGGAUGAAUCUCGCGAGGAUGAAUUCAGUGGAACACAGUCAGCAGAAAGUUGCAGGGAGUCAAGGAAGAAAGAGUGUCACAGGCAAUCAGCAAGACGUUGCAGGGAGUCAAGGAAGAAAGAGUACCACAGGAAACCAGCAGAACGUUGCAGGGAGUCAAAGAAGAAAGAGGGGUAGGCCACGUAAAGUAGUUGUCACAUAUCCAAUGACUGAGACUGGUAUGGAAAUCAGUGACACUGUUAAUGGUAGUCAAAUGGUUGUAAAGGUUGUGACUGACCAUGAAGUUGGAGGACAAUUGCAGCCAGAGAAUGAGUAUUCAGAUGCUAUAAAUGAACGGGCGAUGAAGAUUGCUGAUGAUGUUCCUGGAAUAGAGAGUUUGGGAAAUGAAGCUACUGAUUUGGUACUUACUACAUCUGGGGGUGUUGUCGAAGAUCAUCAACCUCUAUCAAUAUGGCUUGGAGGACUCAGCUGCUCAUCGACAAGUACGGAUGAAGGUAAUGGAUUGUGUGAUGGGAAACAUAGGCAGCAAGUUGUUACUCUGACAACUUCUCCUCCAGUUAGUACCAGUUCUGAUGAUGCUUUGCCUUUCGUGAAGAGGUCACCACUUUGGGCAAUACUUGAAUCCGAGGAAAUAUUCCAGAACAUGCCACAUAAACCUCAUUUCCUUCCCCUAAUGGAAUGCAAAGAGGAUUACCGCGAAGGCGUAGCGAUUGGUAUCACGGCAACUUUCCUCAAUCUGUUGGAAAAAAUAUCCAGCCUUGGCAUUGAUGAUUCCAGGACCUUGUUCGAAACCACCCUCGACAGUUUAUCCGAAAUGGAAAUGCAUGGGUUUGAUGUCACUCUGCCACGAGGCCGCAUAAACAAGCUGCUAUCGAUCAGGGAACCGUUGAGCGAGUGUCCGGACAUUGUCAAGAAUGCUGAAAGGGAGCUGCAACAGCAUUCCGAGGAGAAGAGAAAGCUGGACGCAGCGAUCCAGCACAUCCAAAAGGAGAUAUCGGCGUUACAACAAACACUGGCCACAACCAGGAUGGAGCUAGAUGCUAAUGAAGCCAGAACUGCAGUUGUGCAAUCGUGGGUUGAUGAAAUGAAAGGGCGCUUCGAGAAUGCCAGGAAUGAGUUCAAGCGUGUAGCAGCUGGCCCUUGGAAUUAAAGGUACACCAAUUGUGAAUGGUAUCCUUAUGGAAGAAGCUACAUUGUUAGAAUUUAACUAAUACAUGCAAAUGACGAGGCUUGAGCUUGACAUGGAUAUGCGUUUUAGAUCUCUGUAUUAGCUUGCUCCUGACUUUUAACUACUGUUUUUUCUUCUUUAUGUUAACCAAUAUCAGGUUUGAACAUUUGUUGGUCUAUGUAUGUUUUAGUACUAGUUGAUGAGGAGCCGAGAAGUUUAUGUAAGGUAAUGAGUAAGGAUGUAUUGUUGAAGUUCAAUUUUCGAUGUGUUAGGUUUGAGUGCUUUGAAGUCUUCGUUGCCUCUUUUUUGUUUUUAAUUAAUUCUCUACGUUCUAGUACGUAUCAUUAAACUAGCUACAGAUUUCCUAGUA